GGUGUUUUCCACUUGAUAGUCUCUUGUAUGUUUGGAAUGCUCCUCCUUGUAUUCAUGUUGUUCCAUCAUUUGCUUCAUCUCGAAAUACUUGUUUAGAUGGUGCUCCUCCUGAGUCUGUUCCAUCAGGCCAGUCUACUUGUAAAUUUUCUUGUCCUGGUUUUAUUACUUGUGAGUUUGGGUUUCCUCCUCCUGAUGUUGAUUUAUUGCAAGAGUCUAGUAGUGUUCAUGCUCCAUUAUACCAGUCACUUGGGAAUAUGCACAUGAAGUAUUCUUCUAUUUCAAAGUCAUCUGCUGUUGGGUUAUCUCUUAUUGUAUUUAUUACAUCUAUUCAUUGGAAUCUAGAGUAUUUGCUUCCAGUAAAGAAUCUGGUU